AUGGAUGAUCAUAGCCCAUUAGAGACUGAUGAACUAAGUGAUUAUGAUAUUUAUGGUAGAACCCCUCCUAGGACCAAACUUUUGAGGAAAAAUCGCGAAAGGAAGCAGCGAGAGAAAUAUAUUAGUGUUGCCUCUCCCAGUAGUAAGUUGGAGAGAUCAAGAACGCCGUUAUUCCGCAGAUUUACAGAAGGCAACAUGAUUGACGAGUUGGCAAUUGGCGAAUAUAGUGACGAAGAUGAAGCCCCGAAACGGACGAACAAACGCCACAUGAAGCUGCUCAGGGGCUCCGAGCGCGAUCUCAAGCUCGACAUAGCUAGCGCUCAGGCGGCCAUUUCGGAAAAUGGCGGCCGUCGCGAAGAUGCCAAUUUUCCCAUAACGCCCAGCUACCAGAUCGAAAGCCACAAGAGAUUCAUGAGCCUGGUGGGGCGCACGAUCCCGUGCAAGCAGAAGGCCUGCUCCAAGGAAGACAAGCGUUACCCGGCGGGGUUCGGGGUGCUGGAGGGGAGCGGGGCUAACGGGGGCGAGGGGGACGAGUACUUGGCUCCCAGGGUCGAGUUCUAUCAGACGCUGAAGGCUCUCAUCAGGAUGGGAUGCGGGGAGAGGAAUCCGAGGAGAGCGAUGAGUCGUGAAGAGACGCUGUGGCAAAAUGAAUUGAAAGAUUUAAUAUGGCUUGAACUUCAAGCAUAUCAUGCUGACAGAUCCCCUAUUGAGGAAGAUGACUACUUAUGUACUGCUAGAGAAAGUGUUGAACAUGUACUUGCCGAUAUCAGGAAUUAUAAGUUUCAAAGACACAGUAGAAGAUACUCGACACAAAACAGCGACAGCGGCGUCGAAGACGACUGCCCGGGCUGCCUGGCCCUCCUCUGCCCCUCUUGCCUAGAGGCGCAGAACAAGGCGUUCAGAGACGUCGAAAAGCUCCUCAAGCGAUUGGAGGAGGCGGAGAACCUCUUUCCCUCCAGCAAGGCGUUCGCGGAACUCUAUCCGAUCUACAGUUCCGCGGAGUUCGUCGGCAGAGUGAAGGCCAUGUGCCUGUGGUACAACAUGACGAAGCACCAGAGGUUGAAGCUGAACAUUCUGGGCAGGUUGGUGACGCUGGUAGAGGAUAAGCACGGCAAUUGGUUGAUGCCCGGAGAUGAAAUAUAUACAGGUAGCCCAUCAGACAGUAACAACAGUACAAACUCAUCAAGCAGCGACUCCUUCACAAGCAAACCCAACUUGAUCACAAACGAUCUCUACAGCAUAGCAUCAAUUGCGGUGCUCUUGAGCCCUAAAAAGGACAACACAGUAUCCCCUUACAGACGCUACAUCGAAAACGUCUUGAAAACGAGAACUCUAGACAAAAGCCUAAAAUUCCUGAAGAACCUACACAAAAACGUCCUGAGGAAAACCAAACUAACGCUCGACCGUCCCAAAGAUUCGACCAUUUUCUCCACCACCAAAACACUCAAUUCCGACGAGGAAGAACUGCUGCGGUACGGCGCCUGGAGCCCCGAGGCCGCCAGCCUCGACCUGCCCUCCUACCGGUCGACGUUCCUCUUCCUGGCGAUGGUGCCGCUGGAGGUGCUGCACGAGUACCUGCUGAUGCGCCUGGAGCAGAAGCCGGAGAACCCGUCGCCUCUGAGCGUGCGCCAGCUGAUGCGGGAGCUCAAGCAAGGGCUCAUGGUGGCGAUGGAGGAGCGUUGGCGCACUUACGGGUACGUGGCGGCGGCCACCUCGGGCUGCGACCACCCCAUCGAGCACGUCCGCGAGCGACUCGAGGACUUCGACGGCUGUCUGAGACGAGUGUUCGCCGACUACCUGGAGUACCUGGAGAGGUGGGUGUUCCUGCACAAGAACACCUUCCCGAAGAACCUGCUGGACGAGGAGUUCGGGUUCUCGAUGCAGGUGACCCAGCACGUGCCCGACGUCAAGGACAUGAUCGGCAGGCGGUUCGCCUUCAUUUGCGGCACCAUCCUGAAGCGGAUAGGGGAGAAGUUGAUAAGCAGGAUCGAGGAUGUGCUCGAGGUUAUUUCGAAAUGUGACGACGUGAUGUUGAAACAGAAUUUAUUCUCAGUGUGUCGAGAAUUGCAGUCCCUUUUCAAUGAAGAACGUGAGAUGACUCUCAAGACGAUGUGUUUCAUUAAAGCAAACAUUAAGAAGGACAAUGUACCUUACGAUUCUUUGAAAUUUUUGGGGGAAUCUGUGUUUGCCUAUAAAUGUAUCAUACCAGAUGCUAUUGGAAAAAUACAAACAUUGUUUGACCAUAUAAGCUUUGUCAGCUUGGACGAAAUCGAUAAAAAUGCCCUGAAUUCGAGGAUAAGAGAAAUCCUUAUGCAAGUUUACCGCUUUGGAUUCGAGUUUUACAGAGAAGUGGCAGACACCUCGCCGAGUGAACUGAGACCUCGACUUGUUCAUUGUAUGGUCGAUUUUGCCAAUUUGUGGAUGAAAUUCGUGACUGAACGGUGCGAACGCGGCAGAGGCAUGCGACCGAGAUGGGCCUUCCAGGGCUUGGAAUUCCUCCUCACAGUCUGCGAACCCGUCCACACCCAUCAUGUCAGCGAAGAGAAGUUCGACAAGCUGAAAAGGGACAUGGAUAUCUGCAUUUCACAUGUUAUAGGUACUACUGCACCAUCUACACCUGACAGCGGAUUCCACUCCGCAUCUUCUAGAUCGAGUCUGGAUCAAAUCAGGGCUAGGUCACGGGGGUCUUCGCCUAGUCCUAGGCCUUAUUACAAGAGCCAGAGGUCCAAAGGAAGGAAGACGAGUGCGGAACAACAGUCGCCUAGCACCGAAUUUUUCGAUGCAGUUACUCUGGAUACAAGCUACAAGAAAGAAGAGGCCGACAGCGCCCCGAUCGAGAUCCGCUUCCCGCCGAAACCGCACGCGGACCGCCUGCGAGAGGCGGUCGAAGCCCUCGAAGCGGAACUGGACAACGAUCUGAUCAAGCAGAACUUGAUAGGGAAAGUGGUGCACAGGAAGGCGACUGGCAAGAACAUCCCGAGGAAGAACGUGACGUUCUCGUGGCAGCGCGGCAUCAAGAUCGGCCAGGGCCGGUUCGGGAAGGUGUAUACGGCGGUGAACAACAAUACGGGCGAUCUGAUGGCGGUCAAAGAGAUCGCCUUGCAGCACAACGAUACUGCGACGAUCAAGCGGGUAGCGGAGGAGAUGAAGAUUUUGGAGGGGAUCGUGCACAAGAACUUGGUCAGGUAUUACGGCAUGGAAGUACAUAAGGAUGAAAUGUUGUUGUUUAUGGAAUAUUGUUCGGAAGGAACGUUGGAAAAUCUCAUAGCAGAUACAGAAAAAGGUCUGCCGGAACUACUAGUCAGAAGGUGUACCUUCCAGCUGGUAUCCGGAGUGGCCUGUUUACACGAACACGGAAUCGUACACAGAGAUAUAAAGACAGCUAAUAUUUUCCUGACGGAUGGAGGAAAUUGCCUGAAAAUUGGAGAUUUUGGAUGCGCAGCUAAGAUAAAAUCUAAUACGACGAUGCCAGGGGAAUUGAAAGGAUUCGUGGGAACCCAAGCUUAUAUGGCUCCCGAAGUGUUCACGAAAAAUAUGUCAGAGGGUCAUGGAAGAGCAGCUGAUAUUUGGUCGAUCGGAUGUGUAGUUGUGGAAAUGGCGUCAGGAAAACGCCCUUGGUCAGAAUACGACUCGAACUUCCAAAUCAUGUUCAAAGUGGGCAUGGGCCAGAGUCCCGAUCCCCCCGACGAUAUGAUCGAUGAGGGGCUGGACUUCCUUGACAUGUGCUUCAAACACGACCCGAAAGAGAGGGCCACGGCUCGCGAACUGUUAGCUAACAAUUUCGUCAAAAUCGGCGAAGAUUUGAUCUGA